GGGGAGGACCAGAGCAGAGAAGUCCUUGACAAAACCAUGAGCUCCAGUAACUCCUAGGUUGGAUCCAUUCUGCCCAAAAGAAGGAAGGCAAGACUAUAAAUUCCAGAUUUUUUUUUCACUGCGUCACGAUCAGGAAUCAAGUUGCUUGAUAUCUGUUCUUGUUCCUGUGGUACCUAAGACCAUUUCUGCUUCUGACUGAUGGACAACCCCUUUUCUGCAAUUGAAUCCAGUCCCUGAAAAAAAAAAAAACAUCAGCUGAUCAUUUUAUUUCAACCUUAGCGUCCCUUUUUGAGUUACCUUUCUUGAGCAAGCAAUCGGAAGACUUUCUCUCCCUUGGUCCUCUCCUGUCACCCUCGUCAUCUUCUCCAGAGACUCUGAGAUAACUUCAUCCUUUGAAAGACUAUGGACAUCGUGAUAAAGUUAAUCCUCUUCUGGGCUUUCUUGCACCUACCUGUGGCCUUGGCCUUUGAUCCUGAAUACACAAAUGGUGUCAGUACACCUUACCUGGCCUACUUGAGAUCUGAUUACCUGCCUUGCGUUGGAGUUCUGAUCCAUCCCCUCUGGGUGCUCACAGCUGCGCACUGCAACUUACCGGAGCUUUCAGUCGUCUUGGGAGUGACAAACCCAUCCAACCCCAGUGAAAAUCAUGUACAACAGGUUGGCUAUGAGAAGAUGAUUUACCAUCCACGCUUCUCAGUCUUGGGUAUCGACGAUGACCUCCUGUUAAUCAAGCUGAAAAAAAACGUUGAGCUCAAUGACUACGUGAAACUGAUGCGCAUGCCCACGGCACCCGUCUUUGUUGACGAUAUGUGCACCGUCUCCACCUGGGCCUACAACUCCUGUGACAUCAAGCUAGAUGAAGUAGUUUCUGUGCUACUAGGUGCGGUAGCUGUUUUGAUGGACAUAUUAGUUGUGUAA